UGCACAGUCAGCUUCCGCAACUCGCUGUGCGUUUCUGGUCCAAAAACAAAAGUUUUAUUUACACAUUUCAGAAACUUAAAUCUCAACCCUGCUGGUUUGUAACACGUUCACUUGCCUUUUAUUAGCCCAAUGAAUGAUGAAUUACUGCGUCUUAUGCAAUUAAUUGAAAUGAUCAAUUGAAAGUGAUUGAUCUCGUCACCAAAAAAAACUUCUGUGACUGAUGAUAUACAUGUUGGUUAAGGUCACCAAACUGGUGCUCUGUGAAAGCCGCGAUAGUUGUACCAGGCGCAGGCUGUUAUUUCGCGAUUGGACAGGCGCUUCCCGGAGCGCCGCCUUUCAAAGGGAGUCGGACGUUCGGCGGGAGCAGUCCGUCAGUCCCGGUAAGGGUCUGAGGAACAUCUCGUUUGAAGGACACUGGAGAUCCUCAGAAGCAUUUAUUUAUUCUGGAGAAUAAGACAGGAUAUGUCCAAGGUCAGAGCGUAGCCGAGGAGGUGCGGGAGCAAUGGGCGAGAUGGAGGAGGAACGCUGCUCCCGGGCGGCGCAACUCUUCGAGGAGCUCCUCCAAGCCUCCACCUGCCUCCACACCCUGCAGACCUUUGGCGCCCUCUGCAGACAUCUGCAGCUCGAUCCGUUGGACCACAGGAAUUUCUACAGCAGGCUCAAGGCUGGGGUCACCUCCUGGAAAGCCCGGGCCCUCUGGAGCAAGCUGGACAAGAGGGCAGCCCACAAGGAGUACAGGAAAGGGAACGCUUGUGCGGGGACUAAGUGCCUGGUGAUCGGUGCAGGCCCUUGUGGUCUGCGGACGGCCAUCGAGCUGGCAUUUCUAGGGGCUAAGGUGGUGCUGAUCGAGAAGAGGGACACCUUCUCCAGGAACAAUGUACUGCACCUGUGGCCCUACACCAUCCAUGACCUGCGUGGGCUUGGCGCCAAAAAGUUCUACGGCAAAUUCUGCGCUGGAGCAAUAGACCACAUCAGCAUCCGGCAGCUGCAGCUCAUCCUGCUGAAGGUGUGCCUCCUCGUCGCUGUGGAGGUCCACGUCAACGUGGAGUUCAUCAGGCUCCGAGAGCCGCCGGAACACCUGGACCAAGAGGGAGAGCCAGGGCCCCGGAGCGGUGGGCGAAUCUCGGAGGAGACCCUGGGGCCUGGCUGGAGGGCAGAAAUCCGACCUGCGGGUCACCGCAUGUCAGACUUCAGCUUCGACGUGCUGGUGGGGGCCAGUGGACACAAAGAGACCCUAGAAGGUUUCAGGAGGAAGGAGUUCCGCGGGAAGCUGGCCAUCGCCAUCACUGCCAACUUCAUCAACAGGAACACCACGGCUGAAGCCAAGGUGGAGGAGAUCAGUGGCGUGGCCUUCAUCUUCAACCAGAAGUUCUUCCUGGACCUGAAGGAUGAAAUGGGCAUCGACCUGGAGAACAUCGUCUACUACAAGGAUAACACCCACUACUUUGUAAUGACGGCCAAGAAGCAAAGCCUGCUAGAUAAGGGUGUCAUCCUACAUGAUUACAUGGACACAGAGAUGCUCCUGAGCGGGGAGAACGUGGACCAGGAGGCCCUGCAGUCGUACGCCCGCGAAGCCGCCGACUACGGGACCAACUACCAGCUGCCCUCGCUGGACUUCGCCACCAACCACCACGGGCAGCCCGACGUGGCCAUGUUCGACUUCACCUGCAUGUACGCCUCGGAGAACGCAGCGUUGGUGCGGCAAAGUGGCGGCUGCGGGCUACUGGUGGCGCUGGUGGGGGACAGCCUGCUGGAGCCCUUCUGGCCAAUGGGGACGGGCUGUGCCCGUGGCUUUCUGGCCGCCUUCGACACGGCCUGGAUGGUGAGAGGUUGGGCGGAGGAGCGGCCGCCCCUGGAGCUCCUGGCUGAGAGGGAGAGUCUUUACAGGUUACUGCCCCAGACAACCCCUGAGAACAUCACCAAGAACUUUGAGCAGUACACCAUCGACCCAGCCAGCCGGUACCCCAACCUUAGCACCACCCUCGUCCGGCCACAUCAGGUGCGCCAUCUGCUUAUCGAUGGGGAAUUGCAGCCCAGCCAUGUUCGGCGUUCUGAGUCACUGCGCCGGUCUGUUAAGGAGUCUCAGCAUGAGUCCAAGAUCCGGACCGGGCAGCUGCUGAGCUGGUGCCAGACGCAGACCCGGGGCUACCCGCAUGUGGACGUUUCAGACCUGGCCACGUCCUGGACAAGCGGCCUGGCACUGUGUGCCCUCAUUCACCGGUUCCGGCCCGAUCUCUUGGAGUAUAGCACCCUAAACCCUCAAGACUCGGCCAAGAACAACCAGAUAGCCUUUGAUGUCGCCGAGUGCGAGUUCGGCAUCCCACCACUGACCACAGGCGCCAAGAUGGCGGCCAACCGGAAGCCGGACGAGCUCAGCUUGGUCAUGUACCUGUCUCAGCUUUACGAUGUGCUCCAGAGCACCUCUUCUGUCUCAGUUCCUCAGAAAGAAAAGGAUGAGAACAGCAAGGAAGUUUCAAAGUCCCUGUUUGAUCCAGAUGGCGCCGAAGAAGCGAAUGCCAAAGGAGCAGCAGACGUCUGAGGACAAUGAGUCCAUGUACAAAAGGAGACGGAGGGUUCGUUUGGAGGAGGUGACCAACUUGUCCAUUCAGAGGUCAUCCUCUGGGAUCAAGGGUGCUGAUCUCCAGGAGAACAAAGUCAGGUUCAUGGCCACCCAGCUGGAGGCCAGGCUCGAGGAGAACGCCCCCAGCUCUUUGGUCCGGA